UGUUGUGACUAUUUAAUGGAGCAGAUUUCUCACGCUGAACUUUCGCCGUAAGUUAUUAAGUAGAAGUAGUGAAUAAUGUGCACUAUUUUAAUGCAGUGCUAUGAGUAUAUCGCGUUAUAAAGAGCGGAAAUGUGUUCUAAAUACAGUCUGGUGGUUAAACGUGCCUUCUCUAUGGGAAGGUUUGCAUGGAGAAGAUGUUCCUCCAGGUCAGAUCCGUCCAUCAGGAUGACCUCAGUCCACACACUGUGUCCAUGUGCUCCUCACAGCCCUUAUAAACAUCUCCAGUCUCUGCAGGGGGAUUUCUCCAGCAGGACUUUCUCAGGAAGUGUCUGUAAACAGAAGAGCAAAAGCCACCACCCUGGUCAUGAUGAUGAUGGUGGUGAUGAUGAAGUUGAGGAGGACUUUAUUAAGGAUGAAGAAGUGGAGGAGCUUUUCCAGCAGCACAGACCUGCAGGGAUUGGAGAAGAGGAUCACCGGGUGUUCAUCGUUCAUCCUGAUGUGAAAUGGGGGCAAAAGAAGCAAUACCUGACCACAGCUGAGCUGCAGAUGGCCGAGGCGGUCGGUCUGGUCAGCACCUUACAGAACUGGAGCGUGGUGGAUAAGAUCAUCCUCUCCACCAAAACCCCGGAGAAGAAGCGGAUCUUUGGAAAAGGGAAUUUCCAGCUGCUCACAGAGAAAAUCAGAAGAAGCGCCGGCGUCUCGGCCGUGUUCAUGAACGUUGAGCGUCUGUCUCCGGUGUCGGAGAGAGAGCUGCAGGAGGCCUGGGGGCUGAAGGUCUUUGACAGGUACUCGCUGGUUCUGCAUAUUUUUCGCCGUAACGCCAGAACCAAAGAAGCCAAGCUGCAGAUCUCACUGGCAGAGAUUCCACUGCUCAGGUCACGACUGAGGAACGAAGUUGCAAACUUGGAUCAGCAAGGAGGAGGUUCGAGGUACAUCAUGGGCUCGGGUGAAACUCUAUACGAGGUGCAGCAGAGGCUGUUGAAGGAGCGAGAGCUGAAGAUUCGUUCUGCGCUUGAGAGACUGAGGAAGAAGAGACACAUGCUCCGAUCGCAGCGCAAACACAAAGACUUCCCCAUCGUCUCCGUCAUGGGCUACACCAACUGCGGAAAGACCACACUGAUCAAAGCUCUGACAGGUGACAUUGCUCUCCAGCCCAAAGAUCAGCUCUUCGCCACUCUGGAUGUGACGGUCCACGCCGGUCAGCUGCCCGGUCACAUGACCGUGCUGUACGUGGACACCAUCGGCUUCCUCUCUCAGCUUCCACACCAGCUCAUCGACUCGUUCUCGGCCACGCUGGAGGACGUGACUCAUUCUGAUCUCAUUGUUCAUGUGAGGGACAUCAAUCAUCCUGAGACCGUGAAUCAAAAAGUCAACGUACUUAACAUCUUAAAGAAUCUCCAGAUCCCAGAAAAGCUCCUGAGCUCCAUCAUAGAGGUGCACAACAAGAUCGACCUCAUGGAAGGCUACGAGUCGCCCGAUCCUGAGGUUGUAGCCAUCUCGGCGCUGAACGGACUGGGACUGGACCAGUUAAAGCAGAGAGUAGAAGAAUCCGUGAUGAAGUCCACUGGGAAACAAACCAGGAUUCUGAAAGUGGAUCUCAAAAGCCCUCAGUUAGGGUGGCUGUAUAAGGAAGCCACGGUUCAGGAAGUACACGAUGGAGAUGACGACUGCACCGCCAACAUCAAGGUCGUGAUCAGCGCCGCAGCAUACGGACGCUACAGGAAGCUGUUCCAGGUCAUGUAGCAACACGCUGCUG